AUGAUUAAACUCACGUUUUGUAACCAAAGAGUCCUCGUUUGGGAUCCAAACGAUGUGAGUUAUUUAAGAAAAAUACACCGAAUUGUGGGCUCUUUUGUUGGAUCAAUGCCUGGGUUCGCACAACAAAACUCAGAUUUAGGACUUCCGUUGCUUCUGAUGCCCGAAGAGGCCAAACAUCUGGUGGACACAGGAGUGGCUGUUGUCGUCCAAUACGAGCUCACAAUUAACGACGAAAUGAAAGAGUUUUACACAAAAUUAAGGCACGAUUUCUGUCACCAAAAUAACGAACAAUUUAGAGCCGAUAGAGUGAAAGCCAUUCAUCAGAUGUCCGAUAAGAUAAUCGCCGGAAAAGAGAAGCGAUUCGCCCAAAGGUUUCCGCAUUUAGACCGCAAAGAACUACACGAAGAGAUCAUACGACAAGAGUUGCAGAAAAUACCUGUAAUUACAGCUGAAAACUGUGCGAUAAAAGUGAAUACGAAGUGUCCAUUUGAUAAAAGAGUGGAAAGUGUUAUAGACUUCUCGUACCCGAAGACACCAAAAGAGGUGAUAAGAUAUGAAGUGUUCAAAGACUUGUGGCGUAAAAACUAUUACAUAACGGAUGGCAUAAAGUUUGGCUGCGAUUUCUUGGUAGUAAUGGAGAUAUGA